UCAUUCCGAGUUUCUUGUUUUCAGCUGGGAGAAACGCACAGACCCGCGAGGCAGGUUUUACUAUGUGGACCACAACACUCGGACCACCACUUGGCAGCGUCCCACCGCUGAGUACGUUCGCAACUAUGAGCAGUGGCAGUCACAGCGCAAUCAGCUCCAGGGUGCCAUGCAACACUUCAGCCAAAGAUUCCUCUACCAGUCUUCGAGUACUUCCACUGACCAUGAUCCACUGGGCCCUCUCCCUCCUGGCUGGGAGAAGAGACAGGACAAUGGACGGGUGUAUUACGUGAACCACAACACACGCACUACCCAGUGGGAGGACCCUCGGACUCAGGGGAUGAUCCAGGAGCCUGCUCUGCCCCCAGGGUGGGAGAUGAAAUACACCAAUGAGGGGGUGCGCUACUUCGUGGACCACAAUACCCGCACGACCACCUUUAAGGACCCUCGGCCCGGGUUUGAGUCUGGGACGAAGCAGGGUUCCCCCGGUGCCUAUGACAGAAGUUUUCGGUGGAAGUAUCACCAGUUCCGUUUCCUCUGCCAUUCCAAUGCCCUCCCCAGCCACGUGAAGAUCAGUGUUUCCAGGCAGACGCUUUUUGAGGAUUCUUUCCAACAGAUCAUGAACAUGAAACCCUACGACCUGCGCCGGCGGCUCUACAUCAUCAUGCGCGGCGAGGAGGGCCUGGACUACGGGGGCAUCGCCAGAGAGUGGUUUUUCCUCCUAUCCCACGAGGUGCUCAACCCCAUGUAUUGUUUAUUUGAAUACGCCGGGAAGAACAAUUACUGCCUACAGAUCAACCCCGCCUCCUCCAUCAACCCCGACCACCUCACCUACUUCCGCUUUAUUGGCAGGUUCAUCGCCAUGGCCCUGUACCAUGGAAAAUUCAUUGACACGGGCUUCACCCUCCCUUUCUACAAGCGAAUGCUCAACAAGAGACCAACCCUGAAAGACUUGGAAUCCAUCGACCCCGAGUUCUAUAACUCCAUCGUCUGGAUCAAAGAGAACAGCCUAGAAGAGUGUGGCCUGGAGCUGUACUUCAUCCAGGACAUGGAGAUCCUGGGCAAGGUGACCACCCACGAGCUGAAGGAAGGUGGUGAGAGCAUCCGAGUAACAGAGGAGAAUAAGGAAGAAUACAUCAUGCUGCUGACCGAUUGGCGCUUCACCCGGGGCGUGGAAGAGCAGACCAAAGCCUUCCUGGACGGCUUCAAUGAAGUCGCUCCCCUGGAGUGGUUGCGCUACUUCGAUGAGAAAGAACUGGAGCUGAUGCUGUGCGGCAUGCAGGAGAUAGACAUGAGCGACUGGCAGAAGAACACCAUCUACCGGCACUACACCAAAAACAGCAAACAGAUCCAGUGGUUCUGGCAGGUGGUGAAGGAGAUGGACAACGAGAAGAGGAUCCGGCUGCUCCAGUUUGUUACGGGGACCUGCCGCCUGCCUGUGGGGGGGUUUGCUGAACUCAUUGGCAGCAACGGACCACAGAAGUUUUGCAUCGACAAGGUUGGCAAGGAAACCUGGCUGCCCAGAAGCCACACCUGUUUCAACCGUCUGGAUCUCCCACCAUACAAGAGCUACGAACAGCUGAAGGAGAAGCUGCUCUACGCCAUUGAGGAGACUGAGGGCUUUGGACAAGAGUAACUGAGGCUACCACCUCCCUCAUCCCCCAGCGCACAUGUAGUCCUUCCUGCCCGAGAGGCCGCUGGCCAUGCAGCCCCCUGGGGGGCCCUCACGGAGGGUGGCUCUGUGUGGGACCAUGCUGUCUUCAUACCGGCGACAGCAGAGCCUGACCUCAGGAGGCCCUGCCGCCCCCACUGUCCUCCCCACUGGUGGCAAUCUGGAAUAAAGCCCCCUGGUCCCCUUUGGCCCCAACAGCCCUUGCAAAGUCUGGAGGGCUGACCUCUGCAAAUGUCAUCCUUUCCCCUCAGACCAACCCUAGGCAUGUGUGAGGGCGCAGGGGAGGGUGUCCACUGCCAAAGGUCUACAGUGGAAGCCCUGGGCCUCACAGGCUACCUAGGAAAGAGGGAGCACAGCCUCCUGUUCUGGGCUGAGAAGGCCCACACUUUGCCAGUAAAAGAGGUUCUGUUUUAACUAGAACUUUCUAAGUGAUCUGUAUAAAAGGAAUAUCUGAGGGGAGAGAACCAUUUCCCUCCUCCUGCCUGGCAGGCACCGUGGAGGGAGCUGAGCCACAAGACCCUCCCCACUCAUUGCUGCCAGUGAGAUCUUCCCAGCAAACACAGGAUUGUACCAAUGGCUUAGGUGUUCAUGGGAUGGAAACAGCCACCUCCCUCAGGCUUUCUUUUUCCCUUUGACAUAAACUUGAAGCAUUUCUUGUGUAGGGUUACUCUUUGUUUCGUCGUUGGUAUGCUGCUGUUACUUUCUCUCAAGGAGCCAGGACACCAGGGGUUGCUGGGACCUUGAGGAGACCCAGCACCUUUGGUCUGAGAAUUUCCUCUUGGGAAUCUGCUUUGCAGGUCUGAGCUCAGGCAGACCCAAUGCAGCGUCACCCAAUGCAGCCUGAUUCCUGAGCCUCGCUGGAGAGGGAAGGGGGUGGUGUGUCCAGUGACACCCAACCUCGUGACCUCCAAAAGAAGAGUUCCCUUUGCUAGAUAUGGUCACCCAGGCAGCCCCACGUGAUGGGUUAUAUGGGGCUGAACCUCUCUCCCGCCAGCCCCUGAGCUCCGGGCAGACCUACUAGUCUCUGGUGGAGAAGCAGUGUGUCCCAGUCACCAUGGAGUUGCCAGGUUCUGGCAACAGAUGGAACUGAGCCAGGACCCUAGGCAUGCCUUUGGACCGUCACAGCCUUCUAAGGACAGUCUCGUGUUCCUGCUCCUCGUCCUCCCCACCCUGGGCCUGUGGAGGGACAGCUGUGCCUGCUUUGUUGUAUGUGCUGAUUUGGGUGGCUCUGCUCACUGAAGCACCAUUUUUCUUCCCUCCAGUUGUUUGUUGUGCUUCUCUGCAGCUUUCCACCACGUCAGGGGAGUCGGGGUAUGAGCUACCAUGUGGGGAUUUGGAGGCCCCAGGCUCAUGGGUGUUCAGAAUGUGUGUGUUUGUGUGUACAUACAUGUAUAUAACUGGGGUGUCUGUAUGGAAUGCCCUCUGGUAGCUCCCAGCUGGUCACCAGAUUGUUUUGUAAUGCCCAUCCCCUCGCCUUGGUAUUGCCAGUUUCUUGUGCAAUAAACAAUCAGUAGCUAUGGGUGGUGUUGGCGUGAAUGUCUACAAGUCCACCAGCCUCCAAAGCAGAAGCUCUGGUCCACACAGGCCUUCCAGGCCGGGACAAAGGCAGAGGCUCCAUGACUUUGCUGGUUGGGAGAAGCAUGGGCAUCCUUUACGGACUCGCAUUUCUGAUGGCGCCUUCCAUUCUCAGUCAUUUGCCUCACUGCUCUCUUUCCACACGUGCGGUGCCCCUAGCAGGCCUGGUUUCUGUGAGUAGCUGCUGUGUGGCUAGUACACGAAUGGUUGUGGCCUCAGGGUGGCUUCGGAAGCCAGCUCCCCAGAACUGUGGUCAUUGUAGAAAAUUUUGAGGUUUCUCAAGUUCUGUGAUGACAGAGGGACUCCCUGAUUGGACUCAUGGUCCUACCAGUUUGAAAACUUGAGGGUUCAAAGUUAGCAGAGAUCACACUGAUGGGCCUUGGUAAACUUGACAUGGAAGUGGCCUAAUUGAUCAAGCAUGGCCCUGAUUGUGCUUCUUCUUAAAGUGUUCAGCUUAAUUCCUCUUUGGCGUUCAUUGGCUGAAUUCAUGACCCUCCACUUCCAAACCCUUUUUUCACCUAAUGGGGCAAUGCUGUCCUUUGAGACAAUGAUUGAAAAGAGUCCGCACAUUAUACAGAUGUCUCAAAAUAAAAUCAGGUAAGACAUUUAUGUGGAAAUGUGCUCCCCACUCUUAUCAGAAAUAAUUGCUGCUCAGUUUGCUAUGGUCCUUUUUAUGCUGUCUUGUGUGGAUACACCAAUCAUACAGACAAGUACUUUCUAAAUCAUACAGACAAGUACUUUCUAAAUGUUCCCCAGACAACUCUUUUGUCUCAUUAAAUGAGACACCUUUCCAUAUUCAUCGACACAGGACUAAUUGAUUCUUUAAUUACCGUGUGGUAUCUUACAUUAUAGUUAUUCCAUCACACAUCCAUCUCUGACUGUUUGGUCGUGGCUACAAAGCUUUGGUAAAUCCCUUUGGGCACAUCCUGUGUCUGGUGCUGCUAUUUCAGGGGGAUACCAUCCUGGCAGUCAAGAAGGUUUAAACUUCAAAGAUAAGAGGGAUCUAUAGUGAAAGGUCUCCCUUACUUGUCAGUUCCUUAGCCACCCUGAUCACCUUCUACAGGCAGUAUUGCUGGUUCCGUUUGGAUCCUUCCAGAUAGGUCUGAAAAUUCCUAGCAGAUUCUAUAAUAACAGGUUUGCCUUCAAAAACACUCUUGUUCCAGCGGCUUUAGCAGUGGACUGGAUCGCCGGCCACCCUGCUUUGUGAACUGAGUCCCUGACAUCUCCCGUCUGUCUUUCCAGCUCUCUUUUCCCUUUCUACCUUCGAACUCAGGGCAUCUGCCCUUUUACACCAUCAGCGUUUUUAGUGUUUUAAAACAUUUACAUUUAUUGUAUAACCAGAAUGAAAUCUGUACUCUCUCUGUGUGUUUAUUCAAAAAGUCAAAAUGCAACAAAAAUGUUGACACAUCCAUGAUAAUGUAAAUACUCUAGGACUGGAGUAUCAUGCCAUACAAUUGUCCUCAUUCAUCCCUUUCUCCCUGGGGGUCCUAAUGACUUCUGUGUUACUAUAGCCACAACUCCUUCUCUUCCCUACUUUUUGCUCUGAAGUGUUUCAAGCAAAAGUAGAUAAGCAGGGAGGCCUCCUACCCAUAAGCAGUAUAAGUUCCUGAUACAAGUAACCAAAGUGACAUAGUUGUUUUAGAAGAGCAGAUAGGACACUUCAGUACCCAAAGAUCCCCAUGAGUCUCCUCAGUGUCAUCAGACCUCCCUGAGUCUAGAAAGCACAGUCCUGCAACCCCGUGGCCCUUCUUGAUUGAGGCUCACAUCACCCCUCCAGAAAAACUGAUGCUAAAGACCUCUGUACUGGCAGCAGUCUAUCUGCCCACCUGUGACUAUGCAGGUGCUUCCUUUCACCAACUCUCUUCUUCCACAGGGCAGCAGCCUCCUGCCUGCCUGUGACCUGUAACUGCCGGGGUGUCUCUUCACUGGGCUCCCUCAGCGGAGGCAGCUCCCCUGAAGGCCGCCCACCUGCAACCAUGCAGGCCUCUCUCAGAAAACCUGUCCCUUUCAGGGCAGCUUUUCCUGCCUGCUUGUGUCUGUGCAAGUGUCUUUUACUCGUCUAUCCCUUUCCCUAAUAAACCUGCUCUUCAAAUUAAAAAAAACAAAAAAACAACUCUGUACUACCAUUUAGAGGAAACUCACAAGUAGACUUUCUUGUUCUUAAGACAAAACAUCAACAGGGCCCUUACUACAUGGGGAAAAUUGAGUCAGUGCCCAAAGUUAUGACUUUAGCUCCUUUCCCUAGAGUCUACCCCUUGCACCUAACUUUAAAUGUUCUUGGUCCCAUGACUCUGAGUUUGGUUCAGGUACGAAAGUCACUUUGCUCUAGUCCGCAUCCCAUGGGUGAGGCACUAGGCAUCUGACUGAGGUAGUAGUUGUAUCUUGUGGACGUCAUUGUGGAGUCAGAGCUUAACUCCAUCUUAGUUGGUCUCUUAGUUGGUCUUAGUUGUUUUGUUUUUGAUGCUUGUCACAAUUUGGGCCCCUUCUGUUGACUCCUCUCUGGAUAUCUUUGAUGAUUGACAUGAUAUUCCGUCCCCAACUUCACUUCUCUUGUCUCCCAGAACUAACUACUGUUCUCCACUAGGGGCCCCGUUUCUUUUCUUUUUUUUAAAGAUUUAUUUAUUUAUACAUACAAGAGCUGGGGUACAGGCCAGACAUGUGGUGGGUGGGUGAGAGGAUUCACCAGAGACAGAGUGGGGAGCAGAACAGGCAGACUGACUGAAGUACACUGCUAAGGAGAACAGUGGGUGAGUCAGGAGAGGUCUGCUGCGCCAUGUGGGUAGCUCCCUGGUCAGGGAUCAAACUCGUGCUGCAGUGGCUGUGGAUAGCUUCGUAGGUUGCUUCUUAAUCCCUUGCACCACCAGGGAGGCCCAGAGCCCCGGUUCUUGUAAAAGAGUGUUAGGAACCAAAAUGUGGGCCCAGUGCAUUCAUGACUUGAUCAACUUCUUUUUUCCCAACACAUAGUAGAUACACAAGGUAUAAAAAAGAGAAAAACAAAAAGACUGGUUUCAAAACAAGGUGAUAAUUCCAUGAGUCAGAAAGAGAACAAAAUGUAAAAUGUUGAGCAAGAUUGAAGUGUAGUUCUUUGGCACCCAGAACCUGGCACAGGUGCCUGGGAGUUCAGCUGCUGUAGGGCCCCAAUGACUCAAUAAACUCUGGUGUAGACGCUCUGGCCCCUUGUUCCUUCCUGUCUCAUGGCAGCAGGCCAUGAAUAUGUAAACUACAUCAAAUCUGACCUGUCGCCAGACAAGGCACCUGGCUAUGACAGAGAGACCUGGCCUAGGGAGAAACUUGUCAUGCCAAAGCACCACCCUGGCUCUGGCCUGGAUCUGUGCUAUUCCUAGGUCACUCCAGGCCAGGGCCCCCCACACUGCUGUUCAAAGAUCAAGCUCUAGAAUGAUGCCCAGCAAGACAGGAGGAGCAGCUGCAAAACCAUUAGAAAAGAACACUGAAGGAGAAGGAAGGAAAAGACAACUUCCACAAUUUUUGGCCCCCCAUAUUUCAGAGGGAGACACUUCUGGGAGGUCUCUCAUCUGCUGAUCUUUACUGUAAGUAGAUUAGUUGGCAAAUGGGCCUUUUCCCUAGGGUGCUAAAUGUCACUGUUCUGGAGUCUUUUCUCUGGGGAUGAAUGAUUUGCUCCCCCACCUGAGGGGCAAAGGCAUCUGCUCCAGGUACACCUGCUUGUUGGCCUCCUGGGGACAAGGAACAGAAAGGAUGGAUGACUGUGAGGCCACUGACUCGGCCUUUUCUCUCCCUAUUCAGCCCUGUGCCUAUCUCUGGUUCCCCUAGACUUUUGCUCUGAUUCAGGUCCCCAAGCUUAGAAUUCUUAUAGGCCUCUAGUCUCCUGCAGCUGGGAGAGGGGAGGUAACGAGACUGCUUGGGGCUUAGGUAGGACCUGGUGUCCCACCCUCUGUAGAAACUUAACCACCUCCAUUUUCAGCCUUCCUGUGUUCCUGCUCCUCCCAAGUAUUGAGUCUCUGAGCUGCAGCUGUCUCAUUCCUCCUGUGCAUCAGCCUUGUCCUGCAUCACCCUCUGCAGUGUUGAAAGUUAGCAUUGCUGGUCAG